UGAAGCUUCAAGUUUUGUCCGAGCUCGAAACCUACACAUUUCCCCCUUCGAUUUCCAAUAACCCACCGUCUCUCUCCGCGCAGGGCGAGCCAACGCAAGGAACCCUGAUCUCCUUCAUCAAAAACGCAAAAAUGUCUGGUCAAGAAAGUGCUGCGUGGCCCAUGGCCGAUGGUGCCCUCACCCAAGAGCUUCUGGAUCUAGUCCAACAAGCCAGCCACUACCGCCAGCUGAAGAAAGGAGCGAACGAGAGCACCAAGGCUUUGUCGCGAGGUGUCUCGGAGCUCAUCGUGUUGGCCGGUGACACGCAGCCAUUGAGCAUUCUACUCCACCUUCCGAACCUCUGCGAAGACAAGAACGUCCCAUACGUCUAUGUCCCUUCGAAGGUAGCCCUCGGCCGCGCAUGCAAUGUCAGCAGAUCUGUGAUUGCCGUCUCCAUCACUACCAACGAAGCCUCUGAGCUUCAGAACCAGAUUCGCGCCAUCAAGGACAAGGUCGAGCGUCUCAUGAUCUAAGAUACCCCAUAAGUGUAUAGGAGACGUUGCAUAUAAGGAAAACUAUAGAAUUAUAAGUCAUGGUCGGUCUGGAGUUGCCAAUUUGUGCAGUUUGCUUUCGGAACAAGCUAUGGACGGAGAGGCUAAAGGGGAGUAAGGAAGCUAAAAGAAGGCCUAUAAAGAGUGCAUUCCAGUCUCACUUGGGUUAAAUCCAUCCAAUAACAAGCGAAAUUCGAAACAUCAUGCGCGAUUCUGGUUGAUUUGAACAUGAUUGGCAGCGUUCCCUUGUGCAUGCAUGUGAUGGACAGAAAUGGCCAGAAAAUGGGCUCUGGCUGCCGACCCCGGCCUCGAGCUGACCUGAUGCGGGAAGGUCUCAGGCGGAGUGACGACGUCAGGAGGGG